AUGGCAGGAAAAGACGAAGUUGUGGCUGCUGCCGCUCACUCCCAUGACUUUAUUGAAGACUCCACCCCUGGACUCUUUUUAAACCUCUGCGUCGUCGCAACCGCCAUAGGUGGUAUGCUCUUUGGAUACGACACUGGAGUCAUCUCUGGUGUUCUCGUUGUCCUUGGAACAGACCUCAAUGGACGGUUGCUUGACCAUUGGGAAAAGGAGCUCAUCACGGCGCUUUGCGCUGCUGGGGCUUUGUUCGGUGCCAUUAUCGCUGGUGUCACAGCUGACAAGUAUGGACGAAAGCCUGCCAUUUGGUUCUCUUCGGUGCUCUUCACCGUAGGAGCCCUUGUCCAAGCAACUUCGUACUCUCUUGCUCAGAUGUGCGUUGGUCGAAUCCUCGUUGGCCUUGGUGUUGGUUCAGCCUCCAUGAUCAUUCCGUUGUACAUUGCAGAAAUCUCUCCCGCCAAAUAUCGAGGUCGAAUGAUUUCCAUCGACAUGGUCUUUCUUGGAACCGGUUCCCUCCUCGCAUAUGGCUUCGACGCAGCCUUUUACAAGGUGCCUCAUGGAUGGCGAUACAUGGUCGGUCUCGGAGGAAUCCCAUCGAUUCUGCUCGGUACCCUCCUCUUCUGGUGCCCCGAAUCGCCUCGUCAGCUGCUCUUCCACAACCAGACCGAAGAAUGUGUCAGCGUUCUGCGACGCAUGUAUCCUGCGGCCGAUGAAACCCAGGUUUCACAGAUGGUGGCCCAUAUUCAGCAGGGCGUUACACAAGCAAAGGCUCUUAACGAAGAGGUUUCAGUCCGACAGUCUCUCAAGAGUCUUGUCAAGGUUCCGGCGAAUCGACGAGCGGCCAUCGUGGCAUGCGGUCUCAUGGCUACUCAGCAGCUCUGCGGCUUCAACACGCUGAUGUAUUACUCGAGCACCCUCUUCCAGAUCGUCGGCUUCAAUAACCCAAUCGCCGUUGGAACCAUCGUCACAGCCACCAACUGGAUCUUUACGUUCCUUUCCAUCUUCCUCAUCGACAGGGUUGGACGACGCAGACUCUUGCUCUGGACCAUGUGGGGAAUGCCCGUCUUCCUCGUUCUCGCCGCCGGCGUUUUCGUUAAAAUUCCGAUCGACCGAGACACGCUCGAACUCACAGAUGAUACCAUUGGAUGGCCUGCUAUUGUCGUAUUGGUCUCUAUGAUUCUCUUCGUGGCCUGUUACGCGGCUGGUCUCGGAUGUGUGCCAUGGCAGGCCAACGAAUUCUUGCCCAUGGAAGUGCGUGCUAUAGGAACCAUGAUGAUCAACAUCUGCAACUGGGGUCCUAACAUCAUCGUCUCCUCGACUUUCCUAUCCAUGAUGCGUGGAAUCUCGCCUUCUGGAACCUUUGGAUUUUACGCGGCUCUCUCGACCGUUGGAUUCAUCUUUGUUUAUCUCUGCUACCCCGAAGCCGCAGGAAUGACUCUCGAGGAGAUUCGGGUUGUCUUUGAGCACGGGUUUGGUGUUCGCUACGCUGAGGAGUGGCGAAAGCAGAAGAAGCUUGGUGUCAUCACCCACGGUGUUGAGCAGCCUACCAAGGAGACUGUCUGA